UCGUCCCCUCCUUCCCCUCCAUCAACCUCCCAAUCGACCUGACGCCCAACUCGUCUCGUCCAUCGCCAACAUGAAGUUCACCGCCGUCUUCGUCGGCGCCUUCGCCGCUCUUGCCUCCGCCCAGAUCUCCGAGAUCAGCAGCGCUGCAUCUUCGGCACUCUCGUCCGCCAGCUCUGGUGCUUCCAGCGCUCUCUCCAGCGCCACCGACCGCUCUUCCUCUGCCAGCCAGAGAAGCAGCGCCAGCUCCUCCGGUGCUUCGUCCACCUCUGGCUCUUCUUCGUCGUCUGCUUCUCGCUCCAGCGCCGAGGCCACCACCACCUCAGUCCACACCACCACUGUCUUCUACCAGUACCCCAACACUUUCCACAAGCCGGUCUCCCCCACUCUUCUCGGCAGCACCGUCGUCACCUCCACCGAGGGCCAGACCUCUUCAUACACUCUUCCUUCGGGCGCUUCCACCUUUGACGUUACCGUCAGCAACAUCACUACCACCUACACCUCUACCAACACCUUCCACAAGCCCGUCUCCAAGUCAUGGCUCGUUACCACCACCUACGAGACUACCAUGGGUCUCCCUACCUCCACUUCAUCUGAGGGCUCUGCUGCCAAGCUCGGUGUUGGCGCUUUCGGCGCUUUCGCUCUCGGUGCCGCUGCUCUCCUGUAAG